AUGCCCAGUGAAACCACGACUACUAACAAAGUAUCAUUAUCCACAAAACCAACAGAAUCCAGAUGGUUGGCUAUAGCUAAUUUGCCUGAAACGGCUACAGAAGAUACAAUCAAAGAAUGUUUUAAACGACAUGGCCGUGUUCAAUCAGUUAGAAUCGAUGAUCAACGUUUUGCGUUUGUUGCUUUUUUGGAUGUACGUACAGCAUCGAAAGCACAUAAUGCAGAGAAUAUUCUCGAUGAAAAACGAUUACGAACAGCAUUUCACGAUGGUUCUAAUUCAGUGCCAAAAGCAUUAUUAGAACCUUGUCCACAACCGAUUCAACCGUUGUCUUCUUCAACUAUAGUACUAUCUGAACAACCAUCACCAUUAAUUUCUUCGACAAUUGUUGAACCAUCAUCAUCAUCAUCUUCGAAUACAUCAAAUAUAACAACAGUGACAAAUCCAUUAUCGACUAAAACAAUAAAUGGUGAUCGAGAUAAACGUAUAUCACGUACACUUGGUAGUCCUGAUGAAAAUGUUCGACAUCAAGUUGUACCUGUUAAACGUGACUCUGAUUCAUCAGGAAGUAAAAGAAAAACAUCGUCCACUAAAAAUUCAAAAACAGCAAAUAGUUCACAUUCAACAAUACAAAAACCACCACGACGAAAACAUGAAAAUUCCUCUUCAUCAUCGUCGUCUUCAUCAUCAUCAGAAUCCGAAAGAUCGAGUGAUGAUAGGUAUUUUCAUUUUAAUAACAACACACACAAAACACCUGAAGCAAAAUCUUUUAGUAUUUCAUGUAAAAAUCGUCGGCGUAAUCCAACUAAAAUUCAUUCAUCAUUAAACGAUUCAAUGGGUAAAACGAAAAUAUUAAAAAUUUAUCAUUUACCAUCAAAAACUCCUAAAGAAUCAUUACGUGAAUCAUUAUGGAAUUUAUUUGUUGAAUUUAAAAAAUCAGGUCGUUUAUUAACAGUUAAAAUCGAUGGUGAACAUGAAUCACGUUAUGCUUUAUUAACAUUCAAAAAAUCUGAUGAUGUUGAUAAAGCAUUAACAUUUGCCGUAACUAAAUCUAUAAAUGGUGUUAGAUUAAAAGCUGAACCAUACGAUGGAACCAUAAAUGAAAAUGAUGAAUGUGAUAUAAUGAAACGUUCAAUAUGUUCAGAUCCUGAUAUUGAUGAAUAUUCUAUAAAAGCAACACGUACUUUAUAUAUAGGAAAUCUUCAAUCAGAAAUAUCUUAUAAUGAAUUACGUGAAAUAUAUUCAGCAUAUGGUGAUAUUAUUGAAGUUGAAAUAAAACGUCAAACACAAUCUCCACAUCAAUUACCAUUUGCAUUUGUACAAUAUGCUGAUAUUAAAAGUGUUGUUAAAGCGAUGAAAGCCUUCGAUUCAAAGUUUUCAAGAGAUCAUUCAAUUAAAUUGGGAUUUGGUAAAAGUCAACCAACAAAUGUACUUUGGCUUGAUGAUUUACCAUUGAAUGUAACAGAAUCUUCAAUACGAAACUUUAUAGUUCGCCAUACAAAUUUACCUACUUGUGAUGUCGUUGAUAUAUUUAUUGAUAAUCGUAAUAGCCAUAAAAGUCAAACAGCACAAUGUUUAAUUUAUUUUACUGAAACACGUGUUGCACAAGAAGCUAUAAAUGCAAUACGUGGAAAAAAACUUGAUUCAAAAAGAAUACAAGUAGAUUUUGCUAGUAAAGUAUUUGUUACAAGAUUUUCGGAUAUUAUUGAAGAAACUAGUCAUAAGAAAAAUUAUGGUGGUGGUUAUCCACCUGAUUCAACUUAUCAUGCAGAAUCUCGAGCUGUAUCAAAGCGUAAUGGUACAACACGUGAAAUUGUUCCUGAAACUCUUCAAACAUUUGAUGCACCAUCUACUCGAACAAACAGUAGUGAUCGAUGGUCAAAUGCAUAUAAUAAUGGUAAUCGAUCGCAACAUAAAAAUGAUUCAAGGCAUUCGUCUGAUCGUCGACAUUCAAAAGAAUACGGUAAAGGAACAAAUAGUACAUUAAUAUCCAUUCCGUCAGUUGAUAAUGGAUCUAUUUGUGGUUCAUCAUUAAAUACUCGACGACAUCGUUUAUCAACUUCAUCAAAAGAUAGUCUUUCAAAUAAUCUCACAUCCGGUCGAAAUCCUCAUCGUAAUAGUCAUAUUCGUCAUCAUGCAUCAUCAACAUCAUCUUCAUCUUCAAGAUCAUCAUCAACAUCAAGUCAUAGUUCAACAAGUACAAAUAGUAUUGAACAUCAUUCUAAUUCAUAUCAAAAACAUCAUACAAAUAAACAUUCACAUAAAUCAUCAAGAAAACCAUCAAAAUCUUUAGCAAAUAAUAAUUUAAAAAUAUCCUCAGGAAAAAAAUCUUCCUCAAAUAAAGAGCAUACAAAUAAAUCAUUAUCGAAUCGUUCACGAUCACUAAAAUCUGAAAAAGAUAAUGAUUCAUUAACAAUCAUUCCAACUUCUCAACAACAACAGCAACAACAACCAAAUCCAGUUAUUCUUCCAAGUUUAACACUUGAAGACCAAUUGGAAACACUAAAAAAAGAAUCAACACCACCACCACAAUUAUCACAGUUACCUAAACAACAACAAACAACAACAACAAUUCAUUCAUCAUCAUCACCGAAAGCACCACUAAAAAAUACUGAACGUGUUUUUGAUUGGCUUAUGCAAAAUCAUUUACCUGAUAGUAAUAGUUCAAUGGGCUUAGAUCAAAAUGAUGAUGAUGAACAUACAUUAAAACCUAAACCAGAUGAUGAUAGUCUUGAAAAUGUUAGUGAUGAACAAACAUCAAAAACAUCACCACCUAUUGAAACAAAUAAUUUAACAUUAACAGCAAAUAUUAAAUCAUCAUCAUCAGCAGCUGCAUUAGCAAAAAAUUCUAAAAAUGAGAAAUCUUCAUUAACAUCCGCAUAUCGUUUACAACCAAUACGUACAGGUAAUAAACGUGAUGAACAAAAUGAUAAUAUAACAACAAAUGAUAUUCAUUUAUCACCAACACAAACAUUAACAACAGCAGCAGUAGCAACGACAAUAACACCAACAACACCAACACCAACACCAACACCAACACCAACAACAACAACAACAACAAUAAUAACUAAAGAUGAUUUUGAUAAUCAUACAAAUCAUCGUCGAAUACAUAAAACAAAAUAUCAUUUAUCAACAAAUCAUACAAAAACAAUUCCAUUUGAUACAAUAUCAUCAUAUGAUCAAUUAGAUGUACGUUUAAGAAGUUAUCCAUCAUUAUUUAACGAUCAUAUUGAAUCAAUACGUUUACCAUUUCCACAAUUUGCAUUUGAACAUAUAAAAACUUCAACAACAUCAUCAAAUGUUCUUGUUGUACUUAAUCCAAAAGCACAUUUAAAACAUUCAUCACUUGGUUUAAAUAAUCCAUCAUCAUCAUCAUCAUCAUCAUCAGCACCAAUAACUACACCAACAUCAACAACAACAAAAUAUGAUCUAUCUAUGGAUACGAAUCUCCUUAGUAGUAAUAAUAAUAAUAAUAAUGAUGACGAUUUAACAACACGCAUACCACUUGAUGAACGUAUCAGAUUAUUAGAUAAACAAAUGUAUGAAAUGAAUCAUGGACAACAGAAAUCAGCAACAUCAUCAUCAUCAUCAUCAUCAAGUUCAUCAUUAUCACCAGCUAUACUUAUUGAACAACAAAAUUCAAAAACAGUAACAACAACAAUAGCAUCGUCAUCAUCAACAACAACAAUAGUAACAACAAAUACAAAUGCAACAGUUAAAAGUGUUAAUGAACUUGUAUCAACACUUUCAGCAUCAACACCAUCAACAACACUUGCACAAUGUAUACAAGCAGCACGUGCUGCUGCAUUAAAUGCUCAACCUACACAAAUAAUAUCACCAUCAAAAACAACACCAACUAUAUCAUCAACAUCACCAUUUCAUUAUCCAAUUACAUCUGUACCAACAUUAGGUUUAAAUCGAACUAUGCCUGUAACAUCACCAUCAUCAUCAAGUAUAUCAGUAUUAACAGCACCACCCCCACCUCCACCACCUCCACCACCAUUUACAGGUUUACAACGUUUACCUGAAUCCCCGAAUUCAAUAUUAGCAACAUUUCAUGCUGCUAUUGCUCAAACACAAACUGCAGCAAAAUAUAAUUCAAUGUCUUUUGCUACUACACUUCAUCCUCCACCACCACCGGUGCCGGCUUCACUCAUAUCACCAUCACUUAAUCUAAAUCCUAUAUCAACAACUUCAACACUUAAUCCACCAUCGAAUAAUAAUCUAAUUGCAACAUUAAAUUGUCCGCCAUCAUCAUCAUCAUCAUUACCAAAUCGUUCGAAUUCAACAAAUCUUUUAAGUCCACCUAUAUCUAAUAUUUCAUCUGUGUCAUCAUUUCCGGAUUCAUCAACAAAUUCUCCAAGUACAUCAUCAGCUAAAAUUCUUGAACGUCUUGGUCCAUCAGCUAAAUUUAAACGUAAACCAAUUCCACCACCAUUAGCUGUUAAUACAACGCCAACAACACCUUCAACACCAACAAGUAUUAAAGAUUCACCUAUAUUACCAUCACCUGAAUCAACAACACCAACAAAUCCAGGAACAAAUGUACAUCGUUCACCAGUAACAAUAUCAUCACCUAUUCUUCAACAUCAAACAUCAACAGGUUUAAAGUCUAUAUUGAAACAACGUUCAUUAUCAAAUCCAUCACCAACUUCAUCAUUAUCACCAACAAAUGAACGAAAAUCAUCAACUAAUUAUGUGUCACCAUUAGCAUCAAAUGAAUCACGUUCAACAUCACAAACAAAUAAUAAUCGUUCAACAUCAAUUGAUUCAACAACUAAACGUACACCACCACCAACAACGCCAACAAUAACAACAAAUGAAAAGAAAAAAUCUCUUAAUCAGCAAGAUACAAAUAUAUUUACAAAUGAUAUUGAUGAACGUCAAACAGAUGAAAAAAAAUCUACAUGGCGUGCACCAAUAACAAAACAAACAUUAUUAAAUGAUACAAAUAAUACAAAAAAACCAACAUUAGAUAAAAUUCCGAAAAAAUCUUCAGCCGUAUCAUCAUCAACACCAACACCAUCAACAACAAAAUCAGUUGUAAAUGAAUCAACAAAAUCAGUUGUAAAUGAAUCAACAAAAUCAGUUGUAAAUGAAUCAACAAAAUCUACAACAAAAGUGACUAAAACUACUAAACAAACAUCUGUUACAUCACUUGGUUCAAAAGUUCCACAAUUAACACUUGAACGUAUUGAUCCAAAAGCAUUAAAAACACCAACACUAACUGGAUCAGUUGAAAAAUCUACAAAUAAAUCUUUGAAAUUAAAACGUACACAUAUUAUUCAAAGUGAUAGUGAUACAGAAAAAAAAUCAUCAACAACAACAAAUGAUGCGCAAAAAACAAAAAAGCCUUUAUUAAAUAAUGAAAUAACAAAACGUAAACAACAACAUCAGCAAAAGACUAUAACAACAAAAAAAAGUCAAUCAAUUACAACUAAAAAUAAAAUUCAAACUAAUACAAAUAAAAAACAAACAAUUACAGAAACGAAUUCAUCAGCAUCAGAUAUUGACGAAAAAAAAACUGAACAAACAAUUAUGAAUUCUGAUCAUGAACAAACAUCAACAGAUAAUGAUGAAAAAGUUAAAAAAGAAACAAUUAAUAAACGAACUAAAACAACGAGUAAAAAUAGAUUAAGAUCAACACAAAAUCUUACUAAUUUUAGAGAAUUAAGACAAGAUUCUAGUAUGUAUGAUAGAAUUAAAAAACGAGCAAGAAAUGAACAAACACGAAAUAGCUCGUUAUCAACAAGUGAAGACCAUUUAUCUGAUGAAGACAGUGAUGAUAAUGAUGAUGAUGAUGAUGAUGAUGAUGAUAAUGAUAAUGAUGAUGAAGAUAAUGAUGACGACGAUCAUAUGCCUAGUCGGCCAGCCAAUACUACACCAAAACGACAUAAUGUUAUGAGUGAUUCAUCCGAUUCUGAAGUCGAUAGAUCUUCAAGAACUAAAACAAAAACAUCAACUGUAUUCGAUAAUAAUGUAUUCGAUGCUGGAGAAAGUGAUGAAUCAACUAAACCAAUAAAUCGUAAAAAGAAAAUAAAUCAACAACAAACACAACAAACACAACAAAUAAAAAAAUCUGUAUUAAAGACAAAUAAUGAACAAACGAAAAAAGAAAAGUCAACCAAAACUAAUGAUGAACAAUCAACAAUAAAAAAGAAACUACCUAUAACAAAGACAAUUGAUAAAAAGAAAUCUACAGUUAAUUCAAUAAAACCAACAUCAAAACCAACUAAAACAACAAUAUCAACACCAAAACGUCCAUCAACUGAUGAAUCGAAUGAAUCCACAAAAAAAUUUAAACUUGAUGAUGAAAAACCUAAAGUAACUUCAAUUCAAGAACAAACAUCAUCAACAAUAAUUCCAGUUGAAUCAGACGUUUCUCUAAUAAACAAACCUGCAAUUACUCUUACAUCACCAUCUGAUGAAACAACAACAACAACAACAAUACCAACAACAAAUGAACCAAAAAUUGAUGAACCAUCAACAGAAAUUCAAUCACAGACAACACUAACUAAAUUUGGUAUUGUAUUUACUAGUCAUCAUCGUCAUUCAACAGCAACAACGCCACCAUCAUCAUCAUCAUCAUCUAUUCGUACACAAUCAACUGAAACACCAAAAAAUGAUGAUGAAAAUAUGGAGCAUGAUAAUGAAUCAAUAUCUAUUAAGAAUAAUGAUAAUAAUGAUACAACUUUAAAAGAUGAACAAAUAAUACCGACUACAAAUACAUUAAAACCACCAACAAUAACAACACAACCACCGUUAAGUGAUGAUGAAACACUUAAUCCUGAAACAAUGCAACUUAGUGAUUUAAUUAGUACACGUAUACGUGAAGGAAUAAAACCAGUACAAUCUCGUUCAACAACAAAAACAACUGGUAAAGGUAAACGAGCAGCAAAACAAGAUGCAUCUCCUAAUAAGCGUCAACAAACAAAAACAAAUUCUAAAACAAUACAAUCUAUAAUAUCAAAUGAAAAAGAAUCUGAAUCAAUAAUAACAUCAACAGAUUCUAAUCUGUUAUCAUCAAUAGAACAACCAGCACCAAUAUCAACAAAUACAAAACGUUUAUCUAUAACAGAAUCUUCAUCUGUAUCAUCUCCAAUUAAUGAUAAAGAACCAAAACGUUUACGUAAAAGUACAGAUGAUUCAACAGUACAAUUACAAAAUAAAACUGAACUUAAUGAAGAUCUUUCACAAACAACAAAUAUACAAAUUAAAGAAGAUACUAUUGAAUCAAUAGUAUCAUCUGAAAAAAAUAAACAAGAAACUCCUUCACCAUCAGUACCACUACCAACAUCCCCAUCAACUCUUGAUGAACCACAAAUAACACCAAUGGAAACUGAUCAAAUUCCAUUAUCAUCUUCAAUCAUAGCAUCAACUAAAUCACCAUCAACCACAAGUACUGAAACUGAAAUUGCUAUUAAAGCGUUAUGUUCAUCUAUACAAAUACCACAACAAUCAUUAUCUAAAACAUCUAAUCUAGAAAAAGCAUCACCAAUUAUAGCACCUAUAUCAAAAGAAACAUUACCUAUUGUUGAACAUCAAUCAACAUCUAUAACAACAACUUCUAUAUUACCUCCACAUGUUCCAAUUAAAUCAUCAAUAACAUCAGCAGCAUUUAAUGAAAAUGUUGAAGAAACGUUAAGUGCAGUAAAUAGUCUUCUUAUGCUUAAUAAUAAUACUUCAAAUAUAUCCGGCGAUCAUCCAGCAAUAAAAGGUGCUGCACGUGUAACACCAACAAUAAGUAAACCAGUUUAUUCAUAUGUAGCAUCAUUACCAAGUCCAACAGAUCAACAAACUCGACAAGUACCACCACCACCACCACCAUCACUACCAACAACAACAACAAGUAUUUCAAGUGUUCCAACACAACAAACGGAUUUAAUAACAAUGGUAUCAAAUAUUGUUUCAUCAUCAAAUGUUACUGGAGAAAAACCAUCAAUAACAACAUCAACAUCAUCGAUAACAACAACACGAUCACAUAUUGAAGAAGUUAUUGACGAUGUUGCUAAAAGUGCAUCCACAACAACUAGUAUAAUAACAGAACCAACAACAUCUAUUGUCGAUACAAAUUCAUUAUCAUCAUCACCAUCUACUGGUACUAAUAAAUCAACAUCAAUACCAAGUAUAUUACGUGAUGUUAUGAAAACACCUUGUUUAACAUCAUCGACAACAACAGCAACAAGUGAAACAUUAAAUUUAUUUGAUGCACAUUGUCGUUCGACAUCACCAUUGAAAACAACAACAAUAACAACAGCAGCAGCAAAUGUUUCAAUAACAACAACAACACCAGCAAAUAUUUCGACAACAACAACAACAGCAAAUUCAUUGAAUACUCCUGUUGUACCUGUUGUUGUUCGACCAACAUUAUCAAAAACAUCAACAAGUCAAAAACGUUCAUCAACACCUAAAACUGAACCAUCAUCAGCAAUAAUGCAUCCAUUUUCACAUAUGCUUACACCAGAUGGUAGUAUAUUUGCUGCCGCAGCGGCUGCUGUUCAUCAUCAAAAAUUUCCAUUUUCAUUAUUUUCACCAUUAUCAUCCAAUCCAACAAAUCCAACAGGAAAUUCAUCAUCAAAUAUGCUUGUUUCAUCACUUGUUUCAAAUUCUCCACCAUUAUCUACACGAACAUCAUCAACAAGUAAUAGUAGUCCAAGUACAAGUAGUCAUAUUAUUAAUAAUUCAUAUCUUAAUACAAUUAUGGCUGGACAACAAAAUCUGUCAUCAACAAAUACAAAUCCACAUACUCAUGAAAAAGCAUUAAAACGAGAUUCUAUAAGCACGAAAAGUUCAGGUGUAUCAUCAUCAUCAUCAUUAAAUCGUCCAACAUCUAUUCAGCAAACAGUACCAGUACCGAUUCCAUUAACUAUUCCAUCAUCAUCAUCUUCAACAUCAUCAUCAUCAUCAUCAUCAUCAUCGUCAUCAUCAUCAAAUGUAACAACAAAUUGUGUUGUUAAUCAACAACAACAACAACAACAGCAAUCAUCACCUUUAUUAAAUUCACUUGAUCCUGCAGUUGCUAUGCGACAACAAGCAUCGCCAUUACAACAAUUUCUUGGACCAGAUUCUGUACCGUUUCGUAAUGUGUAUCCUGAUGCACCUGACCCGUACGGUGCAUCAUCGACUCUUUAUGCACCAACAAAUAUGGCUUUUGCUGCAGCUCAACAAAUGUUCAAUGUCAUAGGUAUAUCUGGUAGUCAUCAUUCAUUUCCUUCUGAUUUAUAUUCUAAUCCUGAACCGUAUUUUCGUUUAAAUCCACCAACAAAUGAAUUAUCACGUGAUCCAUAUAAUGUUCAAUGGCAAGGAAAUUUAAUAUUAAAAAAUGAUCAAGCAUAUGUUAAAACUCAACUUGUUGCUGGUAGUCCACAAAUAGCACGUGCAUCAAUGAAUUAUUGGAAUUCAGAUUCAUUAUCAACAACAUCAUCAAAUUUACAAACAUCUUUACAUCAUAAUUUACGAAUAUCACAACGUAUGCGUUUAGAACAAGCACAACUUGAAGGUGUACAAAAACGUAUGCAAAUGGAUACUGAUCAUUGUAUAUUAAUAGCUGAACCAAAUGGUUCAACACCAGAUGAAAUACGUAUACAACAAAAUAAUUUAAAAAAUGGUGUUAUACGAUAUUUUGAUGAAAAAAAAGCAGCCGGAAUUGUCAAUGUUUUAUUGCCCGGUGCAUCACAACCAGCUUACGUUGUACAUAUAUUUCCACCAUGUCAAUUUGCAUCUGAAAUUUUACAGAAACGUGCACCGGAUACUUAUCGUUGUGUUGUUCAAAAUAAAAUUGAACAAAUUUAUUUGUUAAUUGUCAUAACGAGUACAGUUCAAUAG